GAUAAACAUAAAAGCUUUGGAUUUUUUUUUGCGAGGUUUGCAUUUGAGAAACGCCUUGAAGGUCGACCUCUAGUACGCAAAUGCAACCUGUUUUCUGUAUGCGGGCAACUUCUGCCAAUGUUGUUCCAUAAUAGUUACCUACGGUAUAGAUGAAGGAUGACAUUAAAGGUUACAGCCUUUUUUACCAAAAGUAGUCGUAUAUUCAAGAAAUUCAUUGUUUUUAAUGCAUUUUUCAAACUCAGACCGCGAUACAAAAUAGUACUCUUUUCCAUGUGUUUCUCCUAUUGAAGAGAAUGGGAUAUUGAAAACCUUUUGAUUUGUGUACCUUCCCGUUUAGCGCGGGUUGUAUACGAGAUAGAAUAGGCGAAGGUGGAAGGAUACAAUGAAAACAGUCGUUGAAGCAAGGCACCUUUACCUACACCAGAGGAACCUGCGACAACUAACAAAGUUAGUUAGGUAUUGUUAACCAAGGAACCGACGCGCAUGCACACAAUUUCCCAUUUUUUUUUAAGCAAGGUAGUUUACAAACACAAAAUAUGUGAAAGCUAAAAAUUUGUAAAACCUUUUUUUUUUCCUAUCUACUCAAUACAAAAUAAAUCGUCUGAACCAAACAGAACAAUAUUACUUAUGAAAAGAUUUUCGUUUAGUAGAAUUUAAAAAAAAAAAUGUUUAGUUGAAAAGCAAUAAUAUUCAUUUUUUAAAGUCACAGCAAAGAAUGAUGGGUAAAGUAAACAGUGCAACGGUACCCAAAUGGGUAAGUUCCACGGUUUUUAUAAUUAAUUACCUACUUUACUCUAUUAACUUUUUAAUAUUAAUAAAAUUCUAAAAAAAAAUUUAUAAUAAUGUCAGGCGUGUUAAGUUUUGUUAAACCUGGUGUUCUUGUUGGUGACGAUGUCACAAAAGUAUUUGAGUAUGCAAAAAAAAAUAAGUUUGCUAUUCCAGCAGUGAAUGUCACCUCCAGUAGCACAAUUAAUGCCGUUUUAGAAUGUGCUAAGAAAGUAAACUCUCCAGUUAUUAUUCAAAUAUCCAACGGUGGAGGUAUCUUUUUUGCCGGAAAAUCUAUUGAUAAUAAAGAUCAACGAGCAGCCAUCCUCGGAAGUAUUGCCGCAGCGCAUCAUGUCCAUACAGUCGCUGCAAGUUAUGGUGUUCCCGUGAUUCUUCAUACCGAUCAUUGUGCUAAGAAAUUACUUCCAUGGCUUGAGGGCUUAGUUGCUGAGAAUGAGAAAUACUUUGCUAAAAACGGUGUACCCUUAUUUAGUUCUCAUAUGAUUGAUUUAUCGGAAGAGCCUCAUCAUGAAAAUAUUGAAACAUGCGAGCGUUUUUUAAAACGUAUGGAAAAAAUGGGUAUCACACUUGAAAUGGAAAUCGGAAUUACUGGUGGAGAAGAAGAUGGUGUUAAUAAUGAAAAUGUUUCCCAAGACAAAUUGUAUACUAGUCCAAAAGAUAUUGACAUGGUGUAUACUGCUUUAAAUAAAAUUUCUCCUCGCUUUACGAUUGCGGCUGCUUUUGGAAACGUGCAUGGCGUUUAUAAACCAGGAAAUGUUGUUUUGAAACCAUCAAUUUUAGGAGAUUGUCAAAAAUAUAUUCGUGAAAAAUAUCAUACCAAAGAAGAGAAUCCAUGUUUCUUUGUCUUUCAUGGAGGUUCAGGGUCACAGCCCCAUGAAAUUGCUGAAGCAUUAAAACACGGUGUUGUUAAAAUGAAUAUUGAUACUGACACACAAUGGGGAUUCUGGCAAGGAGUUUUAGAAUUUUACAAAAAGAAUAAUGGCUAUCUUCAAGGUCAAAUUGGAAAUCCUGAAGGCUCAGACAAACCUAAUAAAAAAUAUUAUGACCCUCGCGUUUGGUUAAGAAAAGCUGAGGAAUCUUUAAUUCAUCGUUUGGAACAAUCAUUCAAAGAUUUAAAUUGUAUGAAUCGUUGUUAAUAAAAAUGUUUUUUUUUUUAAUAAACCAAUUUAUCAAUCCACACAUAUUAUUUUACAAGGUAUCGAAAAUAUAACACAUGAUCAAAUAGA